AGGCGUUCUUGUGGCGGAGUUAAGGGCCGUUGACGAUGACUUCAACAACGAGUCGCCGCUGCACUACACAAUCGUCGACGGCAACGAGGAAGCGACAUUCGCAAUCGACGAGAAGACAGGAGUCGUUACUGUGGCUGACGCGUCCAGACUAAAGGCCUUCUACAAGCUGAAGGUGACAGCGAGUGACGGCCUGCUGUCGACAAGCACCAGCCUCAACAUUGCUGUCUCGGAGCUGCCACCGUCUGGCCUGCGGUUCUAUCAAGAGAAAUACUUCGGCAAGGUUCAGGAAGAACUCUCCAGCGUGACCAGAGUGGCGCUAGUGCAAGCCAUGGGCAAAGAUCUGAACGAGCAUCUGACAUACCGCCUGCUCACACCCACGUCUUAUUUUUCCAUCGGGGAGACGUCCGGGGUGCUGCACACCACAGGCGUGCCACUCGACAGGGAAACCAGGAGCAAUCACCUAUUGCUUGUUGAGGUUAACAGUGCGCGUUCGCGGGUUGCCCGCGCGUCUCAGGUGCAGGUGCACGUGGUCGUCACGGACGUAAACGACAACGCCCCCAUCUUCUACGGCACGCCUUAUUUCGCUAUUGUCGGGAAAAAUUCCAAAGUGGGCUCCAAGAUUAUCAAGGUGGAAGCUCGCGAUGCUGAUGAAGGCCCGAACGCAUUGAUCCAGUAUAGGCUGCUCGAGGAAUCAUCCGGCAUCGGCAGCCAGAGAUUUGGCAUCAACAGAAUGAGAAACAAGACGAAAAAAAGGCUUGGGCUUAAAAAAAAUAUCGAGAUGUUCUCGAUCGACUUGGAGAGCGGAGAAGUGCGGCUCUCAGGAGCUCUCGAUCCGUUGUACGAUGUAUACAAUUUAGUCGUAGAAGCCUAUGACUCAGGCAUCCCCUCGCUGUCGACGGAAACGAGCAUCACAGUGCGCGUGGUGGACGAGUAUGCCCCAGUGUUCGAGCAGCAGCAUUAUGCGGGCGUCGUGCAGGAGUCGGCCGAGCGUGGCUACGCGGUGCUCAAAGUUUCCGCCCGAUGUCCCCAAGGACAUGCCUUACUCUAUACUCUCUCUCCGCCGGGACCCUUCGACGUUGAUUAUAACUCAGGAGUGGUGCGAGUUACGGACGAAUUGGACUUCGAGGAAUCCCAGAAUUACACUUUAACUGUCCGUGCGACUGACAUGAUCACGGCUCACUUCGUUGAAGUCUUCCUUGAAAUUUUCGUACAAGAUGCCAACGAUAAUUACCCGAAGUUCCAUCACCAAUACUUUAACCCGAAAACCUGGGAAGCGGCAUCACCGGGCACAUCAGUUCUGAAGAUCUUGACCAAGGAUAAAGAUACCGGAGACAACGCGGGGGUUGUUUACAGCAUCGAGGGGCUCACAAACGACACGGGUCGUUCUGAUUUCUUCAUUGACAGCAACACAGGACUUGUGAAACUCAACGCCAUCUUGGACCGGGAGCACAAGGACAGGCACUUGUUCUUUGUGACCGCAACUGACUCAGGCGUGCCUAGGCUCUCCUCCACAGCCGUGGUUGAAGUAACGGUGACGGACAUGAACGACAACGCGCCCAUGUUCGGCGCUGCCGUGUACGAGUGUCAGGUGUCAGAGGAGGCCAAGCGCGGCCACUUCGUCAUGAGCCUCGCAGCCAAGGACCUGGACGAGCCUCAGCGCCACGCACUCAAGUACUUCAUUGUGGGCGGCAACGACCUGCAGGCUUUCAGGAUACAGCAAGAUCUUGGGGUAAUACGCGUUCUAAACGAAGAACAGAUGCGCAGCAGAUAUGUUCACCACCUGAACGUGUCGGUCAAUGACGGCGUGUUCAGCGCACGCACGCGUGUCAUGAUCCACGUUCAGCCGGCGAACAAUCACUCGCCCACCUUCAAGAAGAGCGACUACGUCGCCAGCGUGCGAGAGAACCUCCCUGCUAACUCUUACGUCACGACGGUGCUAGCAGUGGAUCUUGAUUCUGGCAAAUAUGGCAACGUUACUUACAGUCUUCAGAGCGAAGAAGAUCAUGACUACUUCGCUAUAGGCAGGACGACAGGUGUUAUUCACACUCGCAAGCCGCUUGACCGCGAAGUGAGUCCAGGGCCGUUGCAUUUGACUGUAGCAGCGGAGGACGGGGGCGGCAGGCGAGGCUUCACUUACGUCGCGGUGACGGUGGCUGACGACAACGAUAACGCGCCCGUGUUUGAUGCGCCGCGCUAUAGAGCCUUCGUCGCGGCCAACUCCACUGCAGGCACUCUACUCCUUGUCGUACGCGCCACUGAUCCUGACGCGGCCGAAAACGGAACGGUGCUCUAUGGCCUGCACAGCUCGGCUCCCGACUCCGUGCAAUCCACCAUUUCGGUCGGAAAAUUGUCCGGAGAGUUGCGUCUUCUCCGAGACCUUCACCCAACGGCGCUGCGUCUAAUCCGAGACCUGCACCCAACGGGUGAGUACUGCAGCGUCUUAUUGGAGACCUGCACCCAACGGGUGAGUAGCGCUGCGUCUUCUCCGAGACCUGCACCCAACGGGUCAGUAUCGCUGCGUCUUCUCCGAGACCUACUUCCAACGGGGUCAUCGAAGCUGGAGUUUUUAGUAACAGCUCGCAACGAAGGUCCCUCGGAUCAGAGGAAAGGGGAGACUCUGGUGGACGUGGUCAUCUUGGUCACGGCUGGAGAGACCCGAGCACCUUUCUUCACCGCCCCAGAAUACACUUUCUCCGUCAUGGAAGACGCGGAGCCAGAACAUCCACUUUCAAACACGGAGAAGAUUGUUUACUCAGUUCAAUGGGGCUUGGAAAAUGAGAGUCCGCCGCUAAUGGUGACGACUGACGGCUCACUGCAACUCACUACAGUUCUGGACGCUGAGCGCAGAAGGGUUCUCAACGUGAUAGUGACUGCCGCCGUUAGCUCUGCGUCGGACUACACUAGCAUGACACGUGUCACUGUCAUGGUUGAAGACGUCAACGACGAGGUUCCAGCGUUUGACCGUGCCGAGUACCACGCCAGACUGCCAGAGAAUACGCCUCCAGGCAGCAGCGUCCUCAGAGUGAUAGGCAGAGACCGUGACCACGGAGCCAACAGCGACCUGCGAUACCUGCUGCUGGAGGACGACGCGCUGCUGGAGGAGGAACCCCAGUUCACCGUGGACCCGUACUCGGGCUGGAUUAUACUCAACACCGAGCUAGACGCUGAAACUAUCAGCACCCAUCAUUUGAAGGUCGAGGUUUGGGAUAACGGGCGAACACCGUUGAGCGCAGUGACGACUGUGGUGGUGACGGUCGUUGACUGCAACGACAACCCGCCGGUGUUUAACAAUUCCAGGUUAAGGUGUGGGAUAACGGGACAACAAUUUCAGGUCGAAGUGUGGGAUAACGGGCGAACACCGUUGAGCGCAGUGACGACUGUGGUGGUGACGGUCGUUGACUGCAACGACAACCCGCCGGUGUUCUCGCCAUCGGUCGCUGAUGUUAUCAACGUGAGCGAAGACGUCCUGGUCGGCUCUGUCGUAAGCGACGUCUCAGUGACGGAUGCGGACACGGACUCCUCUUACCGCCAGUUCUUCAUCGUAGGAGGCAACGAGAGGCAGGAUUUCGUCAUUUCCGCGUCCGGCCAACUGAUGGUCCAAAAACAACUCGACAGGGAAAAACAAGACAAUUAUGCUCUGGAAAUUGCGGUCUCUGACGGACUUUUCUCGUCUCUGGCGAAAAUACAGGUUGUCGUCACUGAUGUUAACGACAACCCGCCCUUGUGUCGCACGCCGUACUACGAGCACGUCGUGUCAGAGGGCGCCUCCCCCGGCACCCUUCUGAUGCGCGUGGAUGCGCACGACGCAGACCUAAACGCCAAGCUCAGCUACCACAUCUCCGGCACCGGCGCUAACAGGUUCUCCGUCGAUCCCGGCUCCGGUAAUUUGUCCAUCCUCAAGCGCCUCGACAGGGAAAAGCACCGCGAAUACUUGAUCAAGGUUCGCGUGAUGGACGAUGGGAUGCCAGAUUGGCAGUGCAGCAGCGAAGUUCGCGUCGUGCUGAGUGACGUCAACGACAACCCACCUGCGUUCGACCGCCCCACCUACCAAGUUAACGUACCAGAAAACUCACCGGGAGCGCGCCUGCUUACUCGAGUCUAUGCCUCAGACGCUGACUCAGGUGUAAACCAGCGCGUAUCCUACUACCUGGUGGACUCGUCAAGCAUCAUCUCAUCAUCCUUCUCCCGCACCCGCGACGGCCUCUUCGAGCUGGACUCCGUGACGGGGAUCCUGCGGGUGACGAGGACGCUGGACCGCGAGCAGCAAGCCUCCUACAACCUCACCGUCGAGGCCAGGGACCAGGGGACGCCACCGCUCUCGUCGCGCGCAUCCGUCAUUGUUACUGUCAGUGGCGUCCAGCAACAGGCGCUCAGCAUUGACACGCACACGGGAGUAAUAUCAGUUAUGAAGUCUCUGAACUACGAGCACACCCGACAAUACCUGCUGACAGUUCGGGCGACGGACAGCGGAGAAGUUCCUCUGUCAACUGACGUUGCCGUCAACGUUACCGUCACCGACGUCAACGACAACGCGCCUGUGUUCGUGCAGGAGACGUACACCGCGCAGAUCUCUGAAGACGCCGACGUUGGAGAACGUCUGAUACAAGUGAUGGCAACGGAUUUGGACAGUGGCCUGAACGGUCGCCUAAUUUACAAGAUGGCUGACGGCAAUGAGGGCGACAGAUUUGCGGUGGACGCACAGACCGGCUGGAUUAUCGUCCAAAAAACCUUGGACCGAGAGACUCGGGCGGAAUAUCAGCUAGUGGCCGUGGCGGCAGACAGCGGCAGCCCGCCCAGGACAGGCACGGCAGUAGUGAACGUUCAAAUCACGGAUGCUAACGACAACCCUCCUGUCAUCCACUUCAAUAACCGCACGCUCUUCAUUCAGGAGGACCGGCCGCCUGGUCAACGUCUCCUGCGUCUGAAAGUUACGGACGCCGAUGGAAACUCCGGUGGCAAUGCCGGACCAUUUGCCUUCGAAUUGCUAUCUGGCAAUUCACGUGGGGAUUUCCGGAUCACGCAAAAUGGAGAUUUGUUGACAGCGGUGUCUUUUGCCGAACGAGGUCUUCCAGUUUACCGUUUGCAAGUUCGCGUGCACGACAACGGCAGACCUCAUCUUCAUACUGAUGUCUGGCUCAUUGUCCAAGUAGUAGAAUCCUCGAAGUUCCCACCUGUGGUACGGCCGUUGCACGUUCUAGCGAUGCUACCAACCGACGAUUAUCGAGGAGGUAGUCUGGGCCUAGUGCGGGCUUCAGAUCAGGACCCUUACGAUCAGCUGACGUACGAUUUGUCCAACAACAGCGCGACUGGAUUAUUCAAAAUAGACUUCGAGACGGGAGAGUUGCACGCCGUCAAAGCACUUUUAGCAGGCCAGUACGACAUUGCAGUCACCGCGUCCGACGGGAAAUUCCAGUCUUCGGGGACUGCUGAAGUGCUAGUCCGAUACGUCGAAGAUGAAAUGAUAAGCAAUGGUCUGAUUGUUGUGUUGUCGGGGGCGAGCCUCAAUGAGUUUGUGUUAUCGUUCAGACGGACUUUUAUUCGUGGCAUUUCUAAUGCUCUAAAUGUAAACAACGAUGCUGUACAGAUCCUCAGCAUACAGAAUUCUGGGAACAACAUCCAGCAGGAUGACGCCAGUAGUGAAGGCUUAAUGAUGAAAAUGGCUCCAGAGAUGGAACAAUCUUCCGAGAUCAGCGUUCUUUUUUGUGUUAAAAAGCCAUUUGGAAAACAAUUUUAUUCCAGAAUUGAUUUGUACAACAAACUCAUGUCUGACGUGAGUGUUUUCGAGUCCACCCUGGGUCUACGCGUGGUACGCAUCGCAGGUAACUUGUGCCAUGACAUGACUUGCAGCAAUGGCCAUUGCGAAGAUCUCAUCGACUUGGUCGACACGCCCGUUGUCGUCUCGACGGAGGCUCUCAAUUUCAUCGCUGUGGAGCACAUUCACAAAGGCGUCUGUGUGUGCCCAGCGGGAUACACGGGACGUCUUUGUGAUGAAGUCCUCAACAAAUGCGCGUUCAAGCCUUGUGCACAAUUCAAAGAAUGUGUACCCAGCGAAACCGAUCGCGGUUUCUCGUGUCGCUGCCCUACGGGGUUCGUAGGCACCACUUGCUCCAAAAAGGCUACCGAAUGUUCAGGCAAAAAAUUUACUCCGCAGUGCUACUCUCCAUCAAGCCCGCUGUCAUUUGAAGGGAAAGGCUUUGUGCAAUACAGCAUUCGCUCAUCCUUCGUUGACAACUUCACGUUUUCAACAUGGUUCAGAACUUCUCAUCCGUCCGGAAAUCUCCUCUUCAUCUCGGGACGGAUCGAUUACUGUAGUCUAGAACUCCGAGAUGGCCGUGUAACUUACCGCUGGGAGCUGGGCAGCGGGCAGGGCUACACUUCGGUGUCGUCACCGCCGCUGAACGACUCCUUGUGGCAUCACGUCGCUUUAUCACACAACAGACGGCAAGCUCAUCUUGUGAUCGACGGCACUCACACCUCCACGGGAACCUCACCAGGCAGCAACGAAGAACUCAACUUAGAGUCAUCACAAAUAUUUCUUGGUGCUGAAGUGAUGCCUUGGCAUUACGAAGACUACACGAGCAGGAAUCUGGUAGGCUGUAUCGACAAUCCGCAUUUCAAUAAAGAGGCGCUGCCCAUAAACGAUGUCAAGUCCACGGUAUCGUCGGCUCUAGUGCGGUCGCACAACACAGUGCCCUUUUGUCCUGAGGUACUCGAAAAUGCUGGAGUGUGCAGCAGCUUGCCGUGUUUAAACGGCGGCGAGUGCACCGAAAAAGACGGCGUUUUCAAAUGUCAUUGCAGGUCACGAUUUAAGGGAAGACAAUGCGAGAUCGACACAGAACCGUGCGCCUCUUCUCCUUGCCUCAACAACGGGAUUUGUAUUCGGGACGGAUACUCCUACAAGUGUCAAUGUCCCGCGCAUGUGUCGGGUUCGCGCUGCCAGCUUCUUUAUUGCAGCCCCAACCCUUGCCUCAACGAGGGCAUGUGCGAGGAAAGCAAUGCUGGGCCCAUCUGUCAUUGCCGGGGAUUCAAGGGGAUUUACUGCAAUGAAGAUAUCAACGAAUGUGAUGAAGCCCCAUGCCAGCAGGGCGGUACCUGCAUCAACACGUACGGAGGAUUCAACUGCAUUUUGCAGAGACGCGGCGCAGGACGCGGCGCUGCGCCGGCGCUGCUGACGGCAGGCUCAGAGCAGGGCGCGGCCGGCACGGACGUGGUGAGCGUAACGCAGCUCUACGACGCUCGCGGGGACGCGCUCUGUGCCGAGACGCUGCCGCAGUACAGCAGAGACUACAUCGUCAUGGGCAGGCUGAACACCUUCAACCUGCAGCACCUGCCGCCACCUGAACCUGAUCCUGAGCUCAACCAGGACGUCUCCUCGCCCAAGUGUGAGGGCGAGGCUUCAGCAGCCCUCGCUACUGUGCUGCCGCCCCCGAGUUUUGCCGCAUCCGACGAGGAUGUUUGGCAAACGGCGACGCCGGCUUCGUCGGGAGCCACAGUCCCGCCUCAGCCCCCCGCCACCUCACAAUAUCAGACAUCGCAAGUUCUACAAGUUGUAGCAAACAGCGUCAACGGUGGCGCUACGAUGCAAUUCUCCUCGAGCUUCUCCGAUGACAUCACAGCUGCCAAUGCUAAUGCCAGGAACAACGCAACGCUGGCAACUUUCGAGCGUCAACCUCCAAGUCAGGCGCUGGCAGACUGUAACACGCCGAAGCGAAAUGAGACGUACCGUCUGGAGAGGACCGGUCACAUGACCAACCCGCCUGACCUGGUGCCAGUCAGCGACCUCAUGACUCAUGUGUCAGCCACUGGACCUCCAUCAUCUACAUUCGUCAGCUUGACCAUCGGACGCGAUCGUGCAUCACCAAGUGGCGGCAGCUCGCCGCAGCCUGGCGGGGUGGUCGCUUACGACUCCCAGACGCUGUGUCCCAUGAAGCUCGCCAGCAAAGAUAAAGCAAAUAAGUUUGGAAGUUUGCCUCGAUUUGUGAGUUCCGUUAGCGGCUCUUCCGCUAAGGUGGACAUCAGUGAGGGCAGAGGAGAGGAGUGGCAGCCUCGAGAACUAGGGCACAGCGAGGAUGCUGGUGAAACUUUCAAGCCGGAAAUGGUGUCAAGAGUUUAGUGCGUGUAAUAUACUCUUAUAUUUAUGUUCACUCAUAUAUAAGCAGGUGCUAUUAUUUUUUAUACUCUUAAUACCUAAUAUCGACAAUCAAUUAUAUUUUUCCUGAUUUUUCAAGACUUCUGUUUACUCAAAAGCAAAAUUAUUUGUUAAAAUGUGAUACUGUCGAUAAAAUUUAGAAGGAUAAUGCGGAGGUCUCAUUAUUAAAAAAUGUAGGUACAAAUACAAGUUCCCUUGCUAAAGUAAUAUUCUGAAAAGAGUAUACUUUCUUCACGCUGCUAAAGGUAGUGGAAAAAACGAUUAUUUUAGACUCGCUGUCUUUUAAGUGCACUUAGAAAUUGUGAUUAUAAUGCGUUCCCUUGAGUCACUGCGCCAGAAUCUUCUUAAAAGAAGCACUCUGGUUCAAUAAAAGCCUGUGAAGAUUACUCUAAAUCGAAGCUCGAGAAAUUCUGGUCUUAUCGCCCCUUAUUUGGCUUAAUGGAAGCUCUAGACAAUAUUUAUUCGCUUGGUAACCGGAACAGCUUUGGCUGCAGUGUGUUGUCGCGAACCUAUCGCGUCCCUAGCUUUCAGUAUAUAUUGCAGCCAAGUCUGUUCUUUUCUGCAAGGUUUACUUUUUGCACUUCGGGCUCGCUCCCGUGUAAUGUAAUGCGAGAACCUGUGCAUGAUUGCAGUGAUUACUACUUGAUUUGAACAUGAAUUGUUUUGUUAACGUUCAAAUACCCCAAUUCAAUUACAGCAUUUUAUAAGCACUCGGUAUCCGUCAACCAAAAAUUUUGCUCUGGAUAAAUUACAAAAAAUUGUGAUUGAGCCCCAAAGAAAUGAGCCCUUUUUAAAUCUGCAAGCUGUCUUUUAGAUUGCAUUUUGGCAUUAAUUUUUAGGACAUAAUGAUCUCAAUCUCCCGACUGACCAUCUGUAAGGAUUUCAGCAUACGAAAAAUAUUUCUCUUAUACAAAGGUGAAAAAUAAAUUUUAAUUAAUC